AUGUGGCGAGCACUCCCGCUCUUGAUCUGCGCCGCGGUCGCCCUCCGCGCAGGUGAGUUUCGUUCAAAUGCCGGGCGACCGGCGACAGGCCGAGCCAUUCAAAGACCCUUCCGCUUUUCAGAUGCCGACAACAAAUCUUCCUUCUACAGAAGGCCUCAUUGCAGUGGCACCACCUUGUCCCGAGCGUGCCCGCUGGAUUACUCGCCAGUGUGCGGGAGCGACGGCGUCACGUACCCCAAUGAAUGCGCUCUGUGCGUCCGCAGACUGGAUGCCUUUCCCGUCACUUGCCAGCCCCCGCCCGUCGAGGAAAAACAUCCCAUUUUCACGGGCAUCGGUGCACCGGCCCAAACCGUCGCACAUCCAUCUACACUGGCCGAGCGCCUCACGCGUAAGGAAACGGCUCUGGAGAUGGUCGUCACGGCGACGCUGGACGCCGACACGGCGGUGGAAACGCUUCUGGCCGCCAUCCAUUUGGAAAGGUACCACACCUUUUUCCAGAAAGCCGGCCUUUUGUCGGCCGCCGACGCGGUCCACCUGGAUCACGACGCGUUGGUCAGCCUGGGAAUCACGGCCACUGGACAUCGCAAACGGAUCCUAGGACUUCUGUCACGGGUCCAGAAACGGGAAGCUCCGGCGGCCGAGCGACGGAGUUUCGCGAGUGACUCGCGGGCGCCGAACGGCGGGGGGCUCGCGGCGCCGUCCGAGGAUGGCCCGGGUCCCGACGUGGCCUCUGCGCAGAAGCCGGUGCCCAAACCCAGAACCGUGUUCAACCGGCGUCGCACCGCGCCCGUUGAGUUUCACCCCCUUGCCGCGUCCCCGGAACGGAGGCUCUCCCGGGAGUCGGGUCGCUUCCCAAUGUUAGACGGCGUGAACUCGCCUCCGUCCUCGCCUACGUGGAAUUCCCACCAGGUGGAGAAGGAGGCACCUUCGGACGGGUCGGGCCUCUCUUUGCCGCCCGUUCCGCCGAGGCUGGCCCGUACGAUUCCGAUACCAGAGGGGCCUUGGCCUUCCUCUCCCACGAGAGCCUGCUCGAAGCGGUUGUUUUGCGCUCCGCUUUCUGCCGCGCUUCCUGCUUCCCAUUCACCUUCAUCUCCGAAGUCCGAAUACGAGUCCGCCGGGAUGGAGAUGAUUGGCAACGACAUCUACUGGGGCGCCGCGGCGUCGCCCGGACAAAUGGCCGACGGGGACCGAAGAAACAGCGGCGAGACUUUAAGCCGCAAUUCGUCAGGAUCGGCCAGAGAUGAGCCCGUCCUCCUGGACGAUGCUGUCGGUCCCUACUGCGAAAGCCUUUUCCAAAGAAGCGGAGUCGACGGCCAGGGGCCGCGCGCCGAGGACGGCGGCUCCAUCGCAGAACCGCCCCCGGAUGGUGACGAAGACCAGAAAAUUUCGCCGUACGCCAGCUACGCCUCUGUCAGCGAUAGGGCCGCGCCCGUCAUCAGCGGUUGGCUGGACAAACUCUCGCCGCAGGGGAACUAUGUUUUCCAGAAGCGCUUUGUCAAGUUUGAUGGAAAAAACCUCACGUACUACGGAAACGAAAAGGACGUGUACCCGAAAGGAGUCGUCCCGUUGGCUGCCAUCCAAAUGGCCCGUCCCUCCAAAGACAACAAAUUUGAAAUUGUGACAAGUCAGCGCAUCUUUGUUUUUAAGGCCGAUAACGAGGCGCUGAGGCGGCAUUGGGUGUCAACGCUGCAGGACCACGUUCGAGACCAGCUAGUGUUCGGGAGAGGCUGGUUGGGCCCUGGCCCUCACUGUCAGAAGCAUGGCUUCCUGGAGCUGAAAGGAACCAAGUCCAAAGUUUACGUGGCCAUCAACACGGAGCAGAUUUGGCUAUACAAAAGCCAACAGUGCUUUCGAGCCGGGAUCGGCAUCACGACGAUCGAGGCCCGCGGCGCCACCAUUCGAGAUGGGAAAAACAGGAGUUUUGACCUCAUCACGCCCUACAGAACCUUCAGCUUGACGGCCGACUCGGAUCGGGAGAAGCGCGACUGGACAGAGGCCCUUCAGGAAGCAAUUGCCGAGACCCUCUCCGACUACGAGGUCGCGGAAAAGAUCUGGUCCAACCGCUCCAACCGGACGUGCGCCGACUGCCGGGCCGUCAACCCCGACUGGGCCUCCAUCAACUUGUGUGUGGUCAUCUGCAAGAACUGCGCCGGCCAGCACAGAGGUCUGGGCACCAUGGUUUCCAAAGUUCAGAGUCUGAAACUGGACACCAGCGUGUGGAGCAACCAGAUCGUGCAGCUCUUUAUCAUGUUGGGGAACGACCGCGCUAACGAGUUCUGGGCAGCCCACCUGCCCCAGUCGGAAGGGCUGGACUGCGACGCCACACCAAGUCAGAGGCGAGACUUCAUCGGACAGAAGUACCGAGACGGCCGCUUCCGACUGGACCAUCCCGCUUUCGCAACCCAGGAGCAGCUACUCAAGGUCUUAUGUUCAGCGGUCUCUGAACACACGCUGCUCAAAACUGUCACGCACAUCUUCUCUGAGGCCAUACAAUAUCACCUGACCGCCAACGCUCACGGACGACAACCAACCCGAGGCCUGCUAGAUCCCUACCCCUCCUCGGAUCCCGCCGUCUACGAUGAGAUCAUGAAGACUGUUCUUUAUUCGGGCUUCCUCUUCAGGUCCAAUUGCACCGGCAGAGGGACGCUUUCCCGCAGAUCCCGAGAAGACUUCCAGAAGUUCUGGUGCACUGUGGUGGAUCAAUCGCUACUCUUCUACCAUUCGGAGCGAUCGGCAGAAACGUGCAUGGAGAUUAGCCUCAAGGACGUAGCCUGUUUGGGAGUCGGUCGACCCGACUCCUCCGACGGUUUUGUAGACAGGUUCCGCUACACCUUUGAGCUGUAUUUGACCUCGGACAAAGUCUAUCAGUUUGGCGUAGAGACGGCCGAGGCUCUCCAAACCUGGACCAGUUGCAUCGGGAAGGUCGCAACGCCGCUCAGCUGUCAUUGCCUGCUCACUCGGGAGUUUGAGCGCAUCGGGCGCCUGCGGUACCGGGCCAUGCUGGACCCUCAGCAGUGGAAGGAGGCGCACUUUGUUCUGCAGAAGUCCAACCUCUUCAUCUGCCCCCAGAACGACGGUGCCGCCGAAGACAUCAUCAACCUGAAGCGCCUCCAAGAGCUGAGCGUCACUUCGGAAAACCUCCUCCACGAGAAGGGAGAUGUCCUGGUUUUGGUGGAGAAGGGGAGGACGUUCCACCUGCGGGGCAUCGGCCGGGCCGACUUCAGAUCGUGGUACUCCGACAUUCAACGGGCCGGCGGCGGAAAGGGGAACGCGCUGCGAGAGCAACAGCUGAGCAGGAACGACAUCCCCAUAAUCGUGGACAGCUGCAUCGCCUUCGUCACGCAGUACGGUCUGGGCCACGAGGGGAUUUAUCGCAAGAACGGAGCCAAGUCCCGAAUCAAACUACUCAUGGAGGAGUUCCGAAAAGAUGCCCGGAACGUCAAGCUGCGCAUCGGAGACCACUUCAUCGAGGACGUGACGGACGUCCUCAAGCGCUUCUUCAGGGAAAUCGACGACCCCGUCUUUGUGGCCGAUCUCCACCCGCUUUGGCAGGAGGCCGCUAAAAUCCAGCUGAAAGGUACUAGGUUAGACCGCUACAAGGAGAUCAUACGGACCCUUCCGCGGGUCAACAGGAUGACUUUGGCGUCGCUGGUCAGCCACCUCUACAGGGUCCAGAAAUGCGCCAACCUCAACCAGAUGUGCACCAAGAACCUGUCGCUGCUCUUCGCUCCCAGCCUCUUCCAGACGGAUGGCAAAGGAGAACACGAAGUGAAAAUUGUGGAAGAUCUCAUCGACAACUACCUGUACAUCUUUGACAUCGACGAGGAGCACCAGAAUCAGAUGGAGUUGGAGAUCAGCCUCAUCACCUCCUGGAAGGACACUCAAUUGUCUCAGGCAGGAGAUCUGAUCAUCGAGGUCUACCUGGAGACCAAGACGUCAGACAGUUGCGUUACACUUAAAGUGUCGCCCAACAUGUGUGCCGAAGAGCUGACCAAUCAGGUUCUCUAUAUGAGAAACGUCCCCGCCGGAGACAGGGAUGUCUGGAUGACGUUUGAAGUUAUCGAGGACGGCCAGCUGGAGCGUCCGUUGCACCCCAAAGAGAAAGUUUUAGAACAAGCGCUGCAGUGGUGCAAGAUGGCCGACCCUAGCUCCGCCUACCUGCUGGUGAAGAGGGUCCCUAAAGGAAACGGCAUCGACAUCCUAACUUCCUACAAGAGUGACCUAACGAAAGUCGGGGUGCUGAGGUGUCGUGAGGAGCCCCCGAAACUGCUUCAGGGAAACAAGUUCCAGGAGAGAAGCUUCCAGGUCAAGAAGAACAAACUACUGCUGCUUAAAGACAAGAAGAGCCUUAAAGCAGAGAAGGAGUGGUCUCUGAAGAACAUGAAGGUCUACAUGGGGGUGCGCAGGAAACUCAAAGCUCCGACUAGGUGGGGCUUCACCUUGACGUCGCCCAAACAUCAGCUGUUCCUGUGCUGCCCGAGCGAAGCCGACUUGUGGGACUGGGUGAGCGGUCUCCUCAGAGCUCAGAACAAGGAGCCGGGCCCCCCCGUCCUUAGACGUCACUCGUCGUCCGACAUCGCCAAGCAAAAGUUCGGCACCAUGCCGCUGGUUCCCAUCCGAGGGGACGAGAGCAACCGCGGCAUGUUGUCGGCCAAUCGUACGCUGAGGAAGCUUCACGACCGCAGGACGCUGUCGAUGUUCUUUCCGAUGAAGGUGCAGCAGGACGGCGCGGAGGAGUGCCGCCGGUCUCCGGAACCGCUCUACGAGGAGGUGGGCGACUUUGGUCUGCAGGUGCUCAAAUCCCUGGAGAGCAGCUUCCUGUGCGGCGCUGGAGACGCGCGGGAGCUCCCGGACCUUCCGCCGGCGCUUUCCAUCGCGUGCGCUGACCCGGAACCGGACUCGCCGCCGUCUCGUCCGCAGACCGUCUGCACGCCGGCGCAGGAGCUGCUCCUAAGGGAAAUGUCGUCCGCGUUCGGCGGGAAGGCCGACCUCGAGGAAGAACGCCUCUGA